AUGGCAGAAGAACAGCAGCCGGCAAGGCUAACCAAUUCCCCGCAGGAUCGCGGUAGCCUUUUGAUUAGUCUCCGGUCUGCGAAUCGCGAGUUGCAACAGCUUCGCCAAUCCCGUGAUGACAAGCCGGAGUCGCGCGCGAAAGAGGCCGAGAUCCUCGAGGGCAUCGCGCGCACCCACGCCUCCCUCUCAGAGCCGCUGGGAGCGGUGAGGAACGCCCUGCUGGCCGCAGAAAUUCGACGCGAGCUGCAGGACGAGGUCGGAGAAGCCACAGCUUUGCUUCUGGCGGCAGACCAGCAGCGGAGUCUUGGCGAGAUGAUCGACGCCACGGAGACCGCCGAGCGAGCGUUGCAGCUAGCACAGAAGACGGGCACUGCUAGCCAGGAAGCAGAGGCUAGCAAAGCGCUGAGUCGCAUUUUAGGCGAGCGAGGUCUCUACGACAAGGCACCGCAGCGUCCGGAUGCCUUGCAAACCCUGGAGGCGCUUGUCGCCGCGGUGAAAGCGCGCGACGGCGUCGCGGCCAAGGAAGCGGAGCAGAAGAUCAACUCCUAUGGCGCCCUUGUGACGGACAAGGACAUUGCUGAUCACGUUGUGCCGCUCAUCAGCAGAGAUCCUGAAGCCACCACUUUCCUCAGGGAGGAGCUCGGCUGGGAUCUCGAGAAGCCCUACACGCAGAAACAGAAUGGCCUGGAAGUCCGCCACCUGGACUUCUACCUCGCGCAUCGGCUCACAGGUAUGGGAUUUGGGCCACAGUUCAAGGUGUGCAACAUGCCCGUCCGCGUGACGGGCUCCUAUCCGGUCACGGUCGCCGUGAACCAGCUCCCAGAGACAGAGGCCUGGCAAAUGGAGAUGAUGUAUCGUCCUGGCUUCCUGGAUGCUGGAUUGCAGAGUGGCUUCGUGAUGGCGCCUUUCUUCGACAGAUGA